UAGACAAUAGUUUGUUACAAACAAGAAAAAAAGGAAUUUACUUUCAACUUACAAUCAUAACUUGGUUUUGUGCUGGUUUUUUGUAGACUUCCUGUCGCCGCCGCCGCCAUGUUGGUUCCACCCGAUAUGAUGGCCGCCCAAACGCGCAUGAUCUAUCAGAUGAAUCGUUAUUGUGCGGAACGAGUUCAAGCUCGCAUGUUUAAAACCGCUACGGCGAUACGUGAAAUUUGCAAAAUUGUCCAGGACAUUUUGAAAGAGGUGGAGUUGCAGGAGCCUCGUUUUAUCUCUAGUUUAGUUGAGUGUAAUGGCAGAUAUGAAGGCGUUGAAGUCAUUUCCCCCAUAGAAUUCGAAAUCGUGCUAUAUCUCAAUCAAAUGGGUGUCUUUAAUUUCGUAGACGAUGGCACUCUGCCCGGUUGUGCCGUUCUCAAACUAAGUGAUGGUCGCAAAAGAUCCAUGUCUCUAUGGGUGGAAUUUAUAACAGCUUCAGGUUAUCUUUCUUCUCGUAAAAUUAGAUCACGCUUUCAGACACUAGUAGCACAAGCCUGUGAUAAAAGUAUUUAUCGAGACAUGGUCAAGAUGAUUGGUGACACCACAGAGGUGAAAUUAAGAGUACGUGAAAGAUUUAUAGUGCAAAUAACACCGGCAUUCAAAUGUUCAGGUAUAUGGCCAAGAUCAGCAGCACAUUGGCCACUGCCUCAUAUACCCUGGCCACAUCCGAAUAUAGUGGCUGAGGUUAAAACAGAGGGUUUUGAUUUACUGUCCAAGGAGAGUGUCAUCUUUCAGAAUAAGGCAAAUAAUGCCGCCAGCAUGGAGGGAGAUGCUUGGGUGUUGAGUUUUUUUGAGGCGGAGAAUCGUUUGUUGCAAGGUGGCUGCCGUCGCCGUUUGCUUAGCAUUUUAAAAACCCUUAGAGAUCGUCACUUGGAUUUACCGGGCAAUCCAAUUACAGCCUAUCACUUGAAAAAUUUGUUGCUGUAUGAAUGUGAAAAACAUCCCCGUGACUUUGAAUGGGAUGAACCCUGCAUUGCGGAUCGUAUUAAUGGCAUAUUCUUACAAUUAAUCUCCUGCCUGCAGUAUCGACGAUGUCCCCAUUAUUUUCUACCCAGUUUGGAUCUAUUCAAAGGUAAAUCACCCAGUGCCUUGGAACAGGCAGCCAAACAAGUUUGGCGUUUAACACGAGAAAUGUUAACCAAUGCCAAUGCAUUUGAAAAAUUGUAAAAACAACGUCACAAUUUACAAAGAUAUGGGAAAACAAAAAAGGAAGUCUGCUGCUUUAAGCAUUAUUUAAAAUGUGUAUAAAAAUUACUA